AUCAACUAGCCAAUAGGAGAAAUGUUAGAAAAGAAAAACAAGCGUCCAUUUUCUACAGAAGUCAUCAUUCAAUCAAUCGUGACAUUUUCUAUAAAUUAUGAAGAUAUUAGCUCAAAUUAAUUUGUAAAUGCUAAAUGUAGCAGUGAGUGAAUUUAACGGCAUCUAAUUAAAUACUACUUAUUCUCAAAGUAUGAUUAGUUCCUGACACUGAUGUUGUGUAUCACAUGAUAAAUUCCCUGAAAUCCUAAUAUGACAAGGUCUAUUACAAAACAUAGGUAAUUCGAGCCUGGCCAGUCAAGCUUGUUUUGUUUGUAUCAGGUUAGACAGCUUGAAUGGUGUUCCAUGGUCUUAAUUCAGUGAUCAACAAGUUCAAGUUGCAAUGGUUCGAGCCAGUAGCUUGAUGGCGGGUCAAGAGGGUGUAAAGACACCACACCGCAUUGAACUGUGUGAGGAGAAGCCAGUCAGAGCCACACGCAAUUAUCGAAAGCGCAGGAUAAUAGCCGAUGCAGCACCAAAGACUGAAAAUGCCGAACUAAAACAGGAGCCUCCACUGAAAAAAAUUGAGCUGAGAUCUAAGCCAUUAAAGACAAGUAACGGGAUAACAAAUAUGACAAACGGACAUACAGCACGCUCGCGAGCGGCACGUGCUGCUGCCCGCGCGGCUGAGAGCCACAAACUGACUGAAUACUUUAAAGAAGAGCUCAAGAGCCCUAAGGUUGAGACCCCACCAUCCCCCCCACCCAUAGAAAAGACUGUGACUGUAGAACCUAAAGUGGCUAAUGGAAAUAGCAAUCAUAAACUGACUGAGUACUUCCCAGUUAGACGUAGUGUAAGAAAGACUUCCAAAUGUGUGAUGGCUGAGAAGAUGAGGGAUUUGGAGAGAGCAAUUAGGGAGCAGCGAGAGGAUGGAUUGCAGGUGGCAUAUUUCGACGGCAAGGGUCGCGGCGUGAUCGCUACCCGGCCGUUCGGACGCGGUCAGUUCGUGGUAGAGUACACGGGAGAGCUGGUGGGCGUGGCCGAGGCGAGGGAGCGAGAACACAAGUACGCGCAGGACCCGAACGCCGGCUGCUAUAUGUACUACUUCAGGCACGGAGAUCAGCAGUAUUGUAUCGACGCCACCGCCGAAUCUGGUCGUCUCGGGCGUCUGGUGAACCACUCGCGCAACGGCAACCUCCUGACGAAGGCCGUGUGGGUGGACGGUCCCCGGCUGGUGCUGCUGGCCGCUCAGGACAUCAGGCCCGGCGAGGAGCUCACCUACGACUACGGCGACCGCUCCAAGGAGUCGCUGCAGCACCAUCCGUGGCUCGCGCUCUGACCUGGGUGCUCAUCAAAAAAUCUCAAUUGGACUUCUAAGCAUUAUUUAUUAAUUUAGCCUUAGUUAUUAUGAAGUUUGUUGAUAAAAAUUUUGUUUGAGGUUGGACAUAUUGUGUAUUGUUAAGUAGUGAGACAAGUGGCCUAACUCUAGUUAUGUGAAAAGGGUGGAGAGUUCAUGGAAUGGGAAAAACUGCCUUAUGCCACUCGUAAUAAGGACAAGAGUUCCGACGAUAAAAGAUUCGCCUUAGUUAACGUUAAGGUUGAGAGGAAAGCGUCAGCUCUAUAGUUUUGUUUCUUGUCUUUGGAAACUAUCUACAUUUUCAAUAUUUAUUAGCAAGAAAUUAUGACGAGAAACAAAAUGCAGAGCGACUGUUUGAAUGUGGUAUACGAGAGUUAUUAUUUGUUUUGUAUCAAGUUUUGUAUGCGAUUAUUCGUAUGCUAACAGUAUUUGAACUUUAGUGCAAUGCUAAAGUCAUUGCUUGAUAUCUCUGUAAUCACUUGCUGAGGUGAAAUCCAAAGAAAUUUAAUAUUUCGUACGGAAUAUGUAUUGCGAUUUAUAAAAGCAACUUAAAAUCGAGUUUAUGUUGACAUUAAAUACUUAUUGUCUGUUUUUUUAAGUAAAAAAUUGGUAAACAAAAAUAUCAUGUGACUAAAGCUCCAAUCUAAGAAUUAUAUUUAUGAUAAGAAGUGAGUGUGGUUGAAUAGCUGCGAGUCGCAUGGAUUUCUUGUGUUCCUAAUUUUAAACACUAAACAAACAGAAUAUAGGUAUUUUCAAAACAAACUUAAUUUGACGGCAUUUAAAUGAAAAACUUUGAGAAAAGACAAUGGUUUUUAAAUCGUCUGGAUGAUAAUGUGAAGUUAUGAUUAUAGUAAUGUCGCCUGGUGAGAGAAACAACGGAGGACCCGGGGACCGUCUGUUCUCACGACAGUGGGCAAAGUAGGAAAGUAUGGUCAGUAUAGGUAAUAUAAAUUAUAACGCAUUGUGACUGACCUGACUUAUUCACGAAUGUUGAAAGGCAAUAGGUAUGUCUUCUCUCUCUCUGUCUUGUUAGAGUAAGUAGAAAGAGAGAACCGAUCAGACAUAUUACUUUUAAACGAUCGUGAUUAAGGGGGCCUAUUGCUUGGAUCCUGGUUCCACCAUCAAUUCCUGAAUGUGCAGGUUUUCUCACGAUGUUAAUAUUUGGCACUAGCACAAUAUGAAACAACAAAUAUCCGCAAAGUCUAAGCCAGAGACGCUGCUAUGGUACAAAGAACAACCUAACGGUUGUAAUUUAACUAUAUCCAUCUUUAUAAAAUGUAAUUUGUAUAUUAAAUAUACCUGACUUACACAUAAGAAAAAAUUAACAAUUGAAGCGUAUUUGGUGAACAAAAAGUUACCAUAACAAAAUGGAAAAAAGGUCGAGUUAAACUACAAAUGUAUAACAUAACAUAUAAUUUUAAACUGAUCGAUAAAUUAGUAAAAUAAAAAUAAUAAGCGAUAAUUAUGGCAUCAUGAUAGCAAGAUCGACGGAAGCUUUUGGUAGUUCAUCAAGGUAAAUCAAAUUCUGUCAAGUGACGUGUAAAGCUGGUUUUGAAGAGUCAAAAUCCUGACUUAUUCCUGAUCACGACACCAACUCGAAUAAUAUCGUUAUUGUUAAUUAAGCUUACGUUAAUUAUAAAAGACGCGAGGUUGUAAGUUGCUCACUACGUGAACAUGAUAUUUAUGAUUCCUAAAUGAUCCUUAAAAAGAUAUAAAUUUGUUACGUAGAAAAUUGUUUAUGGAAAUUAUGCUUUAGUCUCGUGCCGUAUUGUAUUGAGUAGAAUUACGAAUAAUUUGACCACCGACAACACAUAAUCUGCUACUCACUAUUUUCGUUUCUCAUUAGAAUUGUAACUCCUUUCAGGUAUUAUAAUGCAUCUACAGAUUUUUUUUACCGAAUUGUACUUGUUCUUAAAUGCAUUUAACCCUAGAUCACUAACCUUAUUUUACGACGUUUAAUACUAACCUUCGUCGUUUCGACUACGCUCUAUAAUGGAGGGGGCUUAGUGGUUUAUUAAAAAAAUAUAUAUUCUAAUUAAUGUUUUUAUUUUAAAAACAAAGUAUUAAUCUUCAUAUUUAAAGAUAAUAAUAUACACUUUAACAUUUUUUUUUAUUCAAACAGUCUUAUUAAUGAGAUCUCAGUUUACAUGCAAAAUCAACUUUUUCAAAAUUUAUAAACAUAACGGUACAUAUUAUAUAUAACAUCAAAUUGUUCUAAAUAAACUGUUAAUUAUAAAAAUAAUAUUAGAAUAAUCAAUUAAAAACAAAAUUUUGGCAAUAGCUUAGGAACUAAAACAUUUGUGACACACAUCAAGUUUGUUAUCCCCACACAACGAUUUAUUGCACUUAGUGCACCUACUCUUAGUCAUAUAAGUAUAAUAAAUGAUUAUCUUUCAUUGCUGCAGAUAAUUGUGAGAAUGCCAAUGAGAGCUCUAAUUUCAUUAGGAUCGGUUGGUCUCUCUCUCUGUGUAGAUUUUAAUGUUUUAUAUUUAUGAGAUUUUAUUGCUAUCUCGGCAUUGGUGUGGGUGACAAUUAAAUCAAUCAUAUUAUCAGUAAUGAAACAUGAAAAGCAUCCCAGAGGCUCUAAAAGAUUUUUACAAGAGCGUACAGGUCCAGGUCUUAUAUGAACUAUGUUCCUUGAAGCUGUUCUGCUUAGUGACCUUGACUGUUGUGACGACCAUUUGUGUUUUAUCUUUCCCACGAAGAAUAGUACCUACGCGAUGGUCUUAUAAUCAAGUCGCUACGGUCUGCUGAAGUGCUAGGUGUCGCGUCAUCAGUAGAACAUGGUGGAGAUGUAUCAUUUGCCUCAUAAUCUUCAUCCGGAAGUUGCUCGUCAUUCACAGUAAAAACUUCAUCUUCACCCUCCGUUUCAUACGCGGGAUCAGCCUCAAGGUGGUCUUCGGGCUCACUCUCUGACAAAUUUUCCUCCUCACUGUCAUCAUUUAAUAACACCGCAAGGACCGCAUCUAAAAAAAUGAAAUAUUAGACACCAUUAUUAAUCAAAAAAAGAUAAAAGAACGUUAUUUUAACUUAACUAAAUAGUACAAAAAGUUACGUUACUACUAACCUUCGUCGAUGCGACGAGCCAUGGUUGCUGGAACGGCGCGCACAGCCCCCCUACGCACAGAACACUACCGUCCGUCGCGAGGGCAACGGGUCGACUGGGAUUAGCUCGAAUUAGAAAACCGCACGGUCGCGCGCGCAAAAGUUAUCGCGAUUUUUUUGGUGACGCGUCGUCGAAUCGACGAAGGUUAGUAAUCUAGGGUUAAAAUGCAGAGGUUUUAAAACUUUUUGAAAACUUAGACAAGUCUAUUUAAUUUUAAGUACAAGGGCAACACAUGUUUGUCUGAACGCAUUUGCAAUACGAGGCGAGGCCUAAUAAAUUUGACCGAGAUAGCUCGCCUCGUACUACAAGCGCGAUGUGUGUUGCUAGUAACACAAUUUAUUUAAGAGUGAGAGAGAGAUGUCAAUUGUGACAAAAUAAAAACAAAAAAUAAAAAUAAAUGGUAUAGCCAGCAACAAUGGUAACUGAAAAUAGUCAAAUUUUAAAAUCCAGUGGGCAAGCAAAUCUUGAAAGUCCAAUGAUGAAACUGUUUAAUGCCACCACUUACGCAAGUGGAGCCCUGAGUAUAGAUCUCCUUGCAUUCUCAUUGAAUUUGAGUCCGCCGAGACUUGUAUUAGAGGUAAAAGCGUAUGUGUGAUAGACUGCAUCCCCAGGUAGAACUGGACUAAAUAUAUUGAUACGAGAUAUUCUAAUGCGUGACCGGUCCAAGUGAGUGCGUAGUUUCGUGUAAAAUAUACAAACAGAAGUGGUAACUAAUGUAUUUAUAAACGAGCAAACAUGCUGAUAUUGUCUGAUCAAAUUUGACAAGAAAUUAAUAUGCUUUAUUCGGCUAAGAAUCUUCUAGAAUCCAAAAUAUUUAAAUAAGAUAUAUAUAUCUAUAUCUAUAUGCCAAUAGUGCCCCGAAAGCCAAACAUAAUGAUGCAGGACGUCCUUGGACCGGCGCGCAUAUUUUGGUACAUGUCAAAGUAGUAUGAAUUUUUACAGUAAGAUAAUUUUUGUAUGUAACUUAUAUAAAUUUAUUAUAGUAUAAGCUAGUGGGGUUAGCUGUGUACACCAAAAGAGUAAUUAAUAACUUCUAAAAUAGUUGUUGUGUUUGUUGAAGUGAGCCAGUUGUCAAGUAAUAUCACUGCAUAUAUCUGUAGAAUACCUACUUUGAACUAUUGUUGUAACCACACAUUUUUCUAGUACUAAAAGCGGUUUAAAUAAAUUUGGUUUAAAAUAGUGAAAUGAGUGGUUUGCCCCAAUUUAUACAUUGAACGCCACAGUGUAACUAACUCAUUCUCUGUUUUUAUUGUUAUUUUUUUUUUCAUGUUCCAUAGUCUGUCUCACAUUUUUUUUUAUUUUGUAAAUAAGGAUUGCUUUGAUAUACAUAAUUUGUUCAAUCCGUAUAUUAAACAUUUUUGGACACAAGUAAUUGCAUCAGUAAGACACGAAAACAGAUGACUGAUAAAUUGAAGUUAAAUGUUAAUACACUAUGAACUCAUUCAACUCGUUAUGAUUAUGGAUUUGUACAAAAAUUUGUUUGACGACUGGUGAUCUUCUGGUAUGUAACUUAUUGUACCGAUUGUGCACUUGUUUAUAACUCUCUACUUAAUUGUAUUGUAGUCUGUAGCUGGAUUCCAUUUGUCGGCAAAACAUUCGUCGCGUAUAUACGUAGAUUUUCAAUUGAAAUUAAGUAUAGACCAGUCAAAAUUCAUAGCAAAUGACUAUUCAUAAUAAGAUGAUUGAAUGGAUCCAGCAACAUCAUUUCGCUAUAAAUAGUAUUGCUUUCGUGGUUCCUACUCCUGUAAUUCUAUGACCCUCGUGCGAUUUCUUUACCCUCCUAACCUAAUUCUGUAGUACGCAUUGGCGUAUAUUUGAUACUGUUUAAAUAUGUAAGAGAACUUGUACGGUCGUUACUGCUUACUGUAAUAUUUUGGCCACAUUCGUAUUUUGAUGAUGCCCGUUUUCUUAAAAAAAAACUUAUCACAAAUAGUUAUAAAAGGAAAUGCCUUAAAAUAAGUACGUGUUCACUUAUCUUUUCAUCUCAAAAAUAGUGCCCUACUAAAUUAAUAAAAAAAACAAACAAAGUAACCGAUGUGGCCGAGCCAUUACAUUUACAAAUAAUAUAAUUUUUAUAAUAUUUUAAAUAGAAUAAUAUAUUUCUGCGUUGUGCAUUUCAUGAAUUAAAAUGAUAUUUCUUGUUUUGUUUUCAUACAUCAUGGAUAAGUAUAUUAAUAGUAUAAAUCUGCGAUUUGUGUGCACCGCAUAUUGUUUGUACGAUUUACUGUAAAUUCCUUAAAGUGCUUUUGUAGAUUAAUAAAUGUUUUAUAGAAUGUUAACAACGGUUUCGGGAUUUACGGUAAACGCUUCAGCGUCAUUUUAUUAUGUCUGAUAUAAUUCAGACGAAUGACAUCCAACAAAUAAUAAGAUUCUUUUAAAGAGCGAUCAUAGAACAAAUAUUACAACAUAAUGAGAUGAAACUAAUAUUAAAUUCAUAUUAUUGGAUACAAACUUCUUUGCUACUUAAUCACUAUAAAUCCGGUCGAUAUAGUAUGAAAAUUUUUCCAAAUUAAUCCAUAGGCAUUUAAUUUUAUCACGUAAUUAUUAGAUUUGUUGGAUGUACAAAACUGAGUUAUUAUAACAGUGCACACAAAUAAUCCAAAUAAUACUUAGUCGAGACUGUUACAAUUGUUUUAAUUAUAACUGUAAUAUGCUUAACUAGUAGAUUAGAUAAUCAAAUACCUAAUAAUAAAUCUACUAGCUGUAAGUUCACUUGUCACUUUGCACCACUGUCUAGAAUAUUUCGUUAUAUAUAAGGGGUUCACCAAAGCCAAUGUUUUAGCC